AUGUUAAACUGUUCCAGCACUUUGGCAUGUCCUCACAAUUUGACAGAGGAGGAGUUAAAAAAAGGUUUGGACGAUGAUGGGAACCUGAAGCUUAUUUUCUCGGUGGUUUUGGCUGUAAUGAUGAUCCUGGUGAUGUUUUCUCUGGGGUGCACUGUGGACAUCAAGAAGUUAUGGUCACAUAUCAGAAGACCCUGGGGGAUUGCUGUAGGUCUACUAUGCCAGUAUGGGCUGAUGCCUCUCCUAGCCUACCUCUUGGCCAUUAGCUUCUCUUUGCCACCAAUUCAAGCUGUCACAGUUCUCAUCCUGGGUUGCAGCCCUGGUGGAACAAUCUCUAACCUUUUCACCUACUGGGCUGAUGGAGAUAUAGACCUCAGCAUUAGUAUGACAACUUGUUCCUCGGUAAUUGCCAUCGGAAUGAUGCCACUCUGCCUUUAUCUCUACACUCGAUCCUGGGAUCUUGAACAGAAUCUCACCGUGCCUUAUCAUACCAUAGGAAUUACUCUUUUAUGCUUAAUUGUACCUGUGGCUUUUGGCGUCUUUGUGAAUUUCAAGUGGCCGAAACAAUCUAAAAUCAUCCUAAGAGUUGGGAGCAUUGCUGGGGUGGCCCUCUUGCUGGUGGUCAUGGUAGCUGGUGGAAUAUUAAUGAAAGGAUCUUUGAAUUCAGAUAUUCCCUUCCUGGUCGUCACUUUCAUGUUUCCCUUAUUGGGACAUGUCUUUGGUUUCCUUUUGGCUCUUCUUACCCACCAGCCUUGGGAGAGGUGUAGGACCAUUUCAAUGGAAACAGGAGCUCAGAAUGUACAAAUGUGUUCCACUAUGCUUCAGUUAUCUUUCAGUUCCGAACAAGUGGCCCAGGUAUUUACCUUCCCUUUGAACUAUGGAUUUUUCCAGACGCUGAAUGGAUUUUUCAUUAUUUCAGUUUAUCAGACAUACAAGAGACUCUGUAAGAAAAAGCAUGAAGAAAAGGACCAUGAUUGCAACGAAGUCUCCGGACUGAAGGAAAGAGCUGCCAGGAGUGAGGCCACUUCUUUUCUGGAAAGGGACGAGGAGGCCAAUGGGACCCCACAGUGGUCAGUACAACAGGCCUCAGUGGAGCAUUAUGCCGAGUAA